AGCAUGCUCCCUAUUUUUCUGGUCUGUUCCCUGCAUUUUAUGCUUUAGCUGUAGCCUCCCUCUCCUCUCUAGUGCCUCUAUGUGCUGACAGCAAAGAGGACAGGAAAAGAAAAUCUGCGUUAUUUCUCCUCCACCUACCCUAAACUGACAACACUUUGCUCUCUAUUUCUGGUUUCCCGGGAUCUUUGGGUUCAUAGGGAGCUAUCCUCAUUUCUGCCUGUUUUAUUUGAACGACAGGGAUGGAUACAGUGCUGAACACUGAAGAGCAGACUUCUCUAUAACAUCUCCUGGCCUUGGUAUAUUUUUGAGGGGUUACUUAUUUGACAUCUUCUAAGGGAGAGCUCUGGUUAUCUAUAGAAAUGGAUACUUCACCUUCCAAACAAUACCCCGUGAAGAAACGCGUGAAAAUUCAUCCCAACACAGUGACAGUGAAAUAUACAUCUCACUAUCCACAGCCUGGAGAACUGGAAUACGAAGAAAUUAACGAAGAAAAUGAGACUUUUGUAGAAGAUAAUCCAAAGAGAAGACUGCUAAGUGAUGGUCGGCGGAAAGGAAGGUCCUUCUUUGGGACUAUUGACAUCCCAUCACAGACAGAACAAAAGCCAGAGAGCCACAAGAGUGGACAAGGCCAGGCUUUUGUUGAUGGAAGCAUUUUUCAGUCCAGAAAGACUUGGGCUAUUCUUUUAGGAUCUGCUUUGGCUCAUGGUUGCGUGGCCCUAAUCACUAGACUUGCUUCUGAUCGUUCCAAAGUGCCAUCUCUAGAACUGAUCUUCAUUCGUUCUGUUUUACAAGUGUUUUCUGUCUUAGUCGUGUGCUACUACCAUGAGGACCCCUUUGGACCAAAGGGCCACCGCCUACGGCUAUUCUUCUAUGGAGUGUGCAAUGUUAUAUCAAUUACCUGUGCUUACACCUCCUUUGCAAUAGUACCCCCAAGCAACGGGACGACUAUGUGGAGAGCUACCACUACAGUCUUCAGUGCCAUUUUGGCAUUUUUACUAGUAGAUGAACGAAUGGCUUAUGUCGAUGUCAUUACUGUGGCUGGCAGCAUUGUUGGUGUUUGUCUGGUCAUGAUCCCCAAUAUUGUUGAUGAAGAAAACUCUCUCUUAAAUAUUUGGAAGGAGGCCUUUGGUUAUACCAUGACAGUUAUGGCAGGCUUAACCACAGCCCUCUCCAUGAUAGUGUACAGGUCCAUUAAGGAUGAUGUGAGCAUGUGGACAGCACUUUUCACUUUUGGUUGGACUGGAACAGUAUGGGGAGUCUCCACUAUGUUUUUCCUUCAAGAGCCAAUAAUUCCACUGAAUGGAGAGAGCUGGAGCUAUCUUCUAGGUAUCUGUAUAUGUUCCACAGUGGCUUUUCUGGGUGUUUAUUAUGCUUUGAGCAAAUUCCAUCCAGCCUUGGUCAGCACAGUGCAGCAUCUGGAGAUUGUGAUAGCCAUGAUCCUUCAGCUUCUUGUGUUGCGGAUCUUCCCCAGCAUUUAUGAUCUGAUUGGAGGAGCUAUCAUCAUCAUUAGUGUCUUCUUCCUUGCAUGGUAUAAACUCUCCUGGAAGCAAAAGCAUGAUUAUCAGGAGAUCCUGGAUUCUUCCAUUAAAUGAAUGCAAAAUGGUUCUGUUCUGUUUACUGCCACAUAUAACUAAUAUAAUUUUAGGUAUGUCUUUUGUAUGGUAUUGUUAAUAGAAUACUGCCAUUUCUUGUUCUAAAAUAGGAGGUAAAAUCUGCCUCAGUACAGCUCAAUACACCAGAAAUAUCUGUUCUAGAACCUAUAUGUGAGAAUUGUUUUAAAAUAUAAAACGAUGAAAGUAAUAUUUUAUUUGUAUGUAGUGUACAGUAAGUGCCAAUACCCAAUAUAGACGAUUAUGUGUAAGAGCUAUCUUACUGCAUUUUAAUAGGCAUCAUCCUAAGAAAGUUCCUAUAUCAGAUUUGCUGUCCAUCUGUUUGGAGUAGUCUUUUGCAGGGUUUAUGGAAAGGCAGCCUAUAGAAGGAAAUUACGACAAGCAGAGUACUUUAACUUUUUGCUGAGAGGAUCCACUCUGACCUAGAUGUCUCUACAAAGUUUGUAGUUGUACUAUCUAGGGUGCUUGGUGCAUGGAUGACUCCAACAGAUCUCACCAGGAAUAUCUACGUAGCAGUUCCUCCUGUGAUCAAAGCUUUGUGGAAUGGACAGAUGGAUACUUGACCCAUCAACUUGUGGGUUUCCUAAAGGCUCUCUGUAGAAGUUUGUAACUGCAGAAAGGACCUCUGCAAAUUAACAUGAACUCUAAAUGAGAAGAAUGAUUGUUCAUGGAAACCAUGCAUCCUAUUUGUUUGUAGUACCUGUUAGUUUAUAAGAGUGAAUUUUAACGUGUAUACUUACAAUAAUAAGCAUACUCAUAUUUUAUAUCUGUUGCACAGUUCUGAUACAGACUUUUUAAACCUCAAGACCUUCACUACUUUUCCUCUCAGAAGGAAUACAUAUAUUAAUGAUUGCUGUUUCUAGUUAUUUUCAAACAUUCCAAGUCCUAAUCUAAUCAGAAGGCAGUAGAAACAAACAAUAGCCACAUGCCUCUUUGAAAAGUACAUUCCUCCCUGUAUUUAUACUUACCUAUGUGGACUGAAGUCAAUAUCAAUUCUGUUGAAGUGCCAUCUACAGAGAUAAGAUGCACCCUUGAAAUGGUAGUGGUCUGACUUAUAAAGAAUGUAAAUUUUAAAUAUUUUUAAUAUUAAAUAUUAUUUCCAACAUUA